CUUUUGCGCGCAAAUCUACUUCCAAGACAAACGAUCAUCUCCAGAUGCAACAACCAAGGGGACGGGGCAGUCACCGAAGAAGCACUGCGCUGUCGCCCGUGUGUGGGUUGACUGACACAUCCAUCGGACGAUCCGAAACGAAGGGUUGGAGGCUCCAAGCGAAAUAUAGCAGCCUCUUUCUUAGCAUCUCAACGGUAUGUGAUCGCCAGGGUCUCUUCUUUCUCGCCUGGAUCUGUUGACCUUGAACACGCAGUUGGGUGAGAAUCAUCACUGUAGGCCAGCUCAGUCGCCAGCUCACUCGAACUCCGGUUUAAGUCAUGGCUGCCGUGGCUAUUCCAAUACACUUGAUGAGUGGCGCGACUUCUGUGGUGGAGAUUCUGCCGGACACCACGGUGAAAAAGUUGAAGCAGCUGCUCAAGGCCUUUCAUCCUUCCCAAGAUGAGCUCACCCAGGAACUCAGCACCGUACAGCUGAUCCUCGACGGCCAGAAGUUGGAUGAGCAUGAUGAUGAGACUGCAGUCUCGGCUGGGAUUUCUCCACUUGCAGACGUGCAGGUUUUAUUCACAAUCAAGCCGCCAGUGAAGUGUGUCGGCCAUUCUUUGUCUGACUGCAGUGUUCGUGAUUUGCAGGAUGUAUGCAUCCCCGACCAGGAGGACUUUGUGGGUGACAAUGCCUUCCGAGGCUGCAGCUACUUGCUUCGUGUCAGCAUUCCCAACUCUGUGAAUCAGAUCCGGUGCUGUGCUUUUGGUGACUGUAGCUCUUUGACAACCUUGAGCCUUCCAGCGUCUUUGACUCAGAUUGGAAACGGUGCUUUCCAGCGCUGCUCUUCAUUGAAAAGCUUAGUCAUCCCCGACUCGGUGACUCACAUCGGGCGGAGUGCAUUUGAGGGAUGCACGUCUUGUACAAGCUUUGGCAUGCCUAGCUCCCUGACUUGCAUUGAGACUGGUGCUUUCAGACUCUGCAGUUCCUUGACAAGCCUAGUCAUCCCGCACUCUGUCACUUGGAUCAGAGACUCUGCAUUUGCACAUUGUGGGUCCUUGAGAAGCUUGACCAUACCAAACUCAGUGACAAAGAUUGGAGAGGAUGCCUUUGUACACUGCAUCUCUUUAUCCAGCGUGUGCAUCCCAAACUCCGUGACGAUCAUAGGAGCCUGUGCCUUUGAAGGGUGCACAUCGAUGCAUAGCUUGACCUUAUCAGACUCUUUAAGAGAGAUUGGUUACAGGACCUUUGCAGGAUGCUGUUCCUUGACCCAUUUGAUAGUCCCAGACUCGGUGUCUCAGAUUGGUAUGGGUGCUUUUUCAGGUUGCUUCUCCCUGACAAGCGUGAUCAUCCCCGAUUCUCUCCUUGGAAUUGCUACCAGUGCCUUUCAGGGCUGCAAGUCUUUGGCAAGCUUGACCAUUCCCAACUCUGUGUUUCAUUUGGGAAAUGCAGCCUUUGCAGACUGCAGCUCCUUGACAAGCUUGACCAUUCCCAACUCUGUCACUGAGAUUGGCUUCCAAGCCUUUGCAAACUGCAUGUCCUUGAGAAGCUUGAGUAUCCUCAGUUCGGCAGCCCGUAUUGGAGAACCCUGGGAUUGCUGAGCAGGACCAUGCCUUCAAAGGGUGCAAUGCAUUGACAGACGUGCAGUUCCCUGAAUCUUUGCAGUCUCAAACAAAGCGUUUCUUCGAAGGUUGCGGCCACUUGCCACGAACACCCAGCGGCUCGGUGCUGGCUAGGUGCGAGUGAACAACGAGUAAAGAUGAACAUGGAGGUGCUGCUCGAUCCAAGAGGCAAGAAACGGUUACCAAAUGUUUCGAUCCAAACGAUUGCAAAGUCAAAGUAUAUAUCAAAACUGUGUCAGAGUUCCAACUGGAUGUGUUCCAACUCAAUGCCCAGAGAUGCCAAGAGUGAACUGGAACAUCUUUGCGCAUGUUUGUGUGAAUUUGGAUCAAUCAGCUUGGUUGUCGCGAUGCACUCCAAGCCAAUCCGUCCUGGUCUGGAAGCUGCAUUGGCUCGUGGAAACGACCGACUAUGAGGAAGUGGCAUGCGGCAUGACCCAAUGUUGCCUGAUUAUUAUUUUGAUCAAGGAACACCACACCUGAUCACCGUCACCUGAAUUGGCAUGAAAGGUGAUUUCAUUGGACUUUUAGUUUACAAGAUGGGCAUCGAGUACCGAAUGCCUGGCCUAGCUGGGAGACACACCCUAUAGAGUUCACUCUGGGACUGCACUGAGUGGUAGAAGCGCGUGAGG